UAAAAAAAGGUUAGACGUCAACGUAAAUUGUCUAUGCUUUUCGGAUCAUUGCUGCUCGAGCCAAUCAAAAACAAAAUUAUUUCGAGAAAAAAAAUCGCGCCUACGAUUUCGACACUCUCCACGACUUAAUAUUUAAUGUAUUAUAUAUUAUAAGUGCAUAUAAUUAGUCGCAAUAAUUACUUGUUAAUAAGGAAAAAAAUAUUUUUUUGUGAUAAUAUAAAUAAAAACAUUACAUAAUGCCAAUUUUGAGAUUGACUGCUGGUGCUUUUGGCCAGCUGCGUACCUUCGCAACGUCAUCGGCUCUCGGUAAACGGGUGAAGACCUUUGCCGUAUACCGCUGGAAUCCAGAUGAACCGGAUAAGAAGCCGUACACCCAAAAUUUCGAAGUCGAUCUCGAUGAUUGCGCCCCUAUGGUGCUUGACGCUUUGUUGAAAAUAAAAAAUGAAAUAGACCCGACCCUGACGUUCAGGAGGUCUUGUCGUGAAGGAGUCUGUGGCUCGUGUGCUAUGAACAUCGACGGCAUCAACACACUUGCCUGCAUUAGCCACAUCGACCAGGAUCUAUCAAAGCCAUCGAAGAUUUACCCGCUUCCUCACAUGUACGUCGUAAAAGACCUCGUACCUGAUCUAACGAACUUCUACCGUCAAUACCAGUCUAUUGAACCAUGGCUGCAGCGCGACAAAGAAGCAGUCAAAGGUUCGGAAACCCAAUUACUGCAAGAUGUGGAAGACAGAGCUAAACUUGACGGUUUGUAUGAAUGUGUGCUCUGUGCUUGCUGCUCCACUAGCUGUCCGUCUUACUGGUGGAAUGGUGACAAGUAUUUAGGACCAGCUGUUUUGAUGCAGGCAUACCGUUGGAUCAUUGAUUCACGUGAUGAUGCUACAGCCAAGCGCUUAUCUAAACUUAAGGACACUUACUCCGUGUACCGUUGCCAUACUAUCAUGAAUUGUACGAGGACAUGUCCGAAGGGUCUCAAUCCUGGCCGAGCUAUUGCUCAAAUUAAAACCCUGUUAUCAGGAAUCGUUAAGAAAACGGAUCCCAUCAUGGACCCUGCAGGCUUAGAGAAACAAUCCGCACGUAACUAAUGACCACAAUCAAAAAUUCUGUUAAGUUUUUGCCACUUAAUUUAUUAGUUGACAAUAAUUUGACUUUAGCAAAAGUACAAUAAAAUAUUAAAAAUAA